AUGACGACGGCACCACAAAAUCCAAUAACUAGAGCCAUCUGGGAUGGCACGUUGCCAAUUAAGUUUUCACUCGAUGCAACAGAAGCUGCUGCGUUAGGCGCGAAAACGAUUAUAGAGCCGUAUUUCGCAGAAGCUCCACGUUGUUCUUACUUUCCUUUAUUAACUAGUCAGAUAAGAAAAUAUUUUGUUGAUAUGGCACUUAAUUUUAUUGGUGAUGACGCAGAGAUAUGGUAUGAUGUAGAUGGGACUCCAUUAAAGUGGCAUUACCCAAUUGGGCUAUUGUUCGAUUUGCACACCGGAUAUCGACCAGAUUCGAAUAGUCCGCCACCAUUACCGUGGCCUGUAACAGUGCAUUUUAAAAAUUUUCCGGCAGACAAAUUAAUUCGAGCACAGGAAAUAGAUGCAACGCAAGAUUUUUUCAUGUCCAUGAUUAAAGAGGCGGAUUUUUUAAGGAACGGAAGCACAAAAAAAGUGAUGAAUUUAUCAAAGAAUGAUCAAACACAAUUAUGGGAUGGGUUAUGGUCUAGUAUCCUUUACUAUGAUUUUUCUCACUUCAUAUAUGUUUCCGAUAGUAUUCGUUGUUCUGUUUACAAGUUUUGA